UUUUUUUCUUCUUUCUUUUCCUGACUGUAUUACAUAAUAAUCUCUCAGUAAGAACCCUAGAAAGUAGGAAUUAUUUUGACAGCUACCUUUUUCUCUGAUCUCAAAGUAUAAAGACACAUGCAUCCGCCUUUAGAAGCUCAUAAAAACGAAGGGUGUGAAGAGGUCAUUGAAGCAUUAGAAAGGUGUCAUCGUGCAGGUACAUUCAACAAGUUCAUUGGCGUUUGUAACGAUGCGAAAAGAGCAGUAGACAAUUGUCUCAAGCAGGAGUUUCUUGCUCAGCGUGACCAACAGAAAGGUAAAGCGAAAGAGAAGAGAAAAAGAAUGGAAGCUAUUUGGAAGUCAAUGGAUGAACCACCACCAGAACUACUGAAAGAAUAUUCUGUGGAAAAGGAUCAAUCGUAGACAGACACGUUUCUUUGCAUGGUGUACACUGGCGUGUCUAUUUUUGGCUUUCCUUGUCAGUUACUGAUCUACCGUCAAGAAGCCAUCGUUUCGACAUUCUUAUUUUUUAUAUAAACGUUCAUGGUUGAGGUUUUAUUUUUUUAAUAUAUUUUAAAAGAGCCUUCCAUGAUGGGGGAAAAUGAGAAAUAGAUAUAUAUAUAUAUAUAUAUAUGUGUGUGUUUGUGUGUGUGUAUGUAUAUAUGUUUUAUACUAUGUUUUUCAAUAGAGAUAACAUGUUGAAUGAGG